GGUCGUAAUUUCACGCACUGACAACUCUCUUACUGAUCUGAACACGCAGUCACCGCCGCUCUCGCUCUGAGCCUACCACCGUCGCCUGCUGAUCCUUGUCGCCCGCCCGUCGCCGCCUGCGCAUCUACAUUGCGACUGCUCUUUCUCGCAACUGCGACGGUCAUCCACCGUACCGUACGAUGACGCGCCUCCAUCCCAUGCUUGUCGCCUGUGGGUCGGCGCUCAUAAUCGAUUGCUGCUCCAACGUUAUCGCGCAACGACUAAGGGCGUGGCACGAUGGGAAGCCCUUUGUCUUCGAUCGCGUUCUCUUCUUUCAAUUUGCCUUCAUGGUCGUGCUUACUGCGCCUGUCAAUUACCAUUGGCAACAUUGGCUCGAACGCACCUUCCCAGGCUGGAAAGCUGUCAAGCGGGCAAGGCACGCCACCAGCGAAGACGGCGAUGCCGCAGAAAAGGCCGUCUUUCUCAACGACGACGGAGAGGACAAGCGCAUGGUAGAGGAAGAAGUCCUGGAACGCAAUUGGCUCAAUAUCUUUAAGAAAUGGUUCACGGAUUGCAUCACCAUGGGGGCGCUCUUAAACCAAACCAUGUUCUUGAUCCUGAUAGGCCUUCUGAAAGGCAGGACCGGCGCUCAGAUCAUGCAGAGCUUUCAGAACGAGCUCCUCAAGCUCAUCUGGGACUCGUACAAGGUUUGGCCCAUUGCCAACUUCUUCAGUACCACCUACUGCGCAGUCGAGCGACGUAUGAUCUUUCUUAGCUUCUGUGGUCUAUUGUGGAAUAUAUACUUGUCAAUGGUGGCAAUUCGUCUCUAGUUGCACAACGAUUGUAUAU